UUCAUUAAUUCUAGUACAUCCGAGGCUUGCUUCUUAAUCACUCGUGUGGUCCUUACGACUUGGUCCUUAGGUACGAAGACCAAUGUGGUUUUAAAGUUACCUACAUAUAAGUUAAGUGGAGUUUCUGUGAGUAAUAGUAAUAUAGUGAGAAGUGAUUUAAGUGAUCUGUGAAUUGAAAGUAAGACUCUGGUCGUCAAUGAUGAAGUUAUCACAGCCGAUGUUAAAAAUGAUAAUAAAAAUACUUAUAUUAAUGAUGUUGUUCGUUACAAUGUUUAUGAUAUCAACGUUUCUGUAUAGCGCCAAAUAUUGGCCCGAUGUUUACAAUUACAUAAACGCUAAUAUAACGAUUAAAAGGAUCCCUACGAUAUCAGAAUUGGAAUUAACUGUCAUUGAAGUAGUUGAUUAUACUACAGAACAACCCUACACAUCAACUGAUGGGGAUUACAUUGAAGUAUCAACUGUAGACGACCUAGACAUCGACGAGUUUAUGAAAGACGAAAUCGAUUUUACUAAAAAAGUGAAACGACAUAUUGAAGUUGAACAACUAAAAGAUUACAUCGAAUUACCUCCACGACCUAUUUUCGUCGAUUACGUAUUCAUCGAAGAACCGAUGAAACAAGAAACAGAUCCAAAGAAAUCAGGAGACAAUCAUGAUAAUGACAUACCAGAAGAAAUGGACAAAGACAUAAUGAAAACAUCAGUAACAGGUCUGGUUAUAGAAGAUGAUCUACCAAAAACUACAGUCAGUGAAGAUCCAGCAGUUACAAAGAAGUACUACACAGUACAGCCAACAAAAGCCAAAGCCUCAAGACGAUCAAUUAAUGAAGAAGUAUACACCACAGAACUCUCUAAGCAAGAAGUAGAACAUACUACCACAAUAGAAGGAUAUUUAGUGGGAGAUGAAGAGGAGAUUGAAAGAGAAACAGAAGUACCAAUAGUUAUAACUACGAAAGCGAACGAAAACGAAUUGUUUGAUGAUGAAGAUGAUACGGGACUUAUGAAAGAUUCGGUGGACGUCAGCAACCUUAGUACGAGGAGUCCAGAUGAUGUUGAAAUGGUUACACGGAAACCUUGGAAGAUGCAAAUGCUGCCGGACCCCAUCUGCCACGGCGACUGGUCGUGCAAGGAGUUCACCAGGACGGUGUACCCGUGGGUGGUGUCCAUCUUCAUCACCAACGAGAGCGCUGACAGUCAGUUCAGCUACUACUGUGAUGGCGCGCUGCUUACUGAGAAGGUUAUUGUCACUGGUGCUAGAUGUAUGUAUGCCAACGACAGCGCGUGGGAAGCUGAGAACGUGCUGGUGUUCCUCGGGAAGGUCAACCUGCAGGCUUUCGGAGGCAAAGAGAAAGUACACAAGGUAAAAUCUAUAAUCCUGCACCCGAACUUCACGACUGGAGUGAGUGGGAGGGUGAUGAACGACAUAGCGCUGCUGGUGUUGGAGGUGCCCGUCGAGUUCAAGGACAACAUACAGUCCGCUUGCAUUCACCAGGAGAACAGCCUCCAGCAUGCUGCCGCCACAGCGUGGGGAGCGAAUGGUCUGCUGAUGCCAAUCUUCUUCAACAACCAACGAGGAGACCACUGCUACGAUAUGGACGAAAAUGUAUUCUGUGUUACAUAUGGAAAUGACGUAGCCCUAUGUCCAAGUUUUGGCGGCGUGUUCGUAUCGCAGCAGACUGAGCGCUGGUGUCUCACCGGCAUACACUACGGGGACCCGGCAGAGAGGGGCAUUUGUUUCAACAAGAACGUGUUCUACACCUCAUUGUACAACCACCUCAAGUGGAUCGACGACACUAUUGGGAUGAUAAAAAAAACUUAUCUGUAGA